AUGAGUAAUAACGUAGAAAGUAACGGCAAUAGACGCACCGUUGAUUGGCAACGUUUCGGUCUUGGUGGCGAUGAUGAAGGCGAGAUAACGGUCGCAAACUUUCGUCAGCGCAGCAACAACAACACGGGUGGCUUUGUCGAUUUAGGCAAUGAGUAUACGUACGCAGCUGGCGGACACCAUGCGUCCGGCGCCAACGAAAUCUUUGCCGGAGAGCAAGGCGACAGGCCAUGGUGGCGCUCGAACUUCUUGAUCUCACAGCCAGUGCUGUUUGGAACAUGGGACGGUGUCUUUACUUCUUGCCUGAUCAAUGUGUUUGGUGUUAUCGUAUUCCUGCGUUCCGGUUGGAUUGUCGCCCAAGCGGGCAUCGUCAAUGCAGUCCUUAUCAUUUUCUGCACCGUAGUAAUUGCGUUGAUUAGUGUACUGUCAGCCAUUGGCAUCUGUGAGAGAUGUCGAGUGGAAAGUGGCGGUGUUUAUUUUCUCAUUGCACACACACUGGGCUCUCGUUUCGGUGGAUCACUCGGCUUGCUAUACUGUUUUGGACAAGCCGUUGGCUGUGCACUCAACGUAAUGGGCUUUGGCGAAUCGAUGGCUGGACUAGUGGGUCUCGAGGGUAACAAAUGGGCCAUACGUGGAUUUGCCACAGCUGCUGUCCUACUGCUCGGCUGCAUCAAUGUGGCUGGCGUCAAGUGGGUGAUCAAACUGCAGUUUAUUCUACUGAUGAUAUUGCUCAUAUCUGCGUUGGAUUUCAUGGUGGGCAGCUUUGUGGGCGAGGAUCCGGAAAACGAUUUCGAUGGGUGGAUGAGCGGAAAUUUUGUGAAAAAUCUUUGGCCAAAAUAUGAACACGGAUAUUCGUGGUUUCAAGUCUUUGGCGUCUUCUUUCCUACCGUCACUGGCGUCUUAUCCGGCAUCAAUAUGAGCGGCGAUCUACGCGCUCCGUCCACAGACAUUCCUAACGGCACGCUGGCCGCUUUUGGCACUUCCACUUUCCUGUAUUUAGUUUUUGUGCUAUUUUUGGGAGCAACAUGCCAGCGAGCUGUAUUAUACACAGACUACAUGAUCUCUGUGAAGGUUUCGGCCGUUCACUUUCUGCUGCUGGCGGGUAUCUAUGUGUCCAGCAUGUCCUCCUGCCUGGGUGCCAUGUACGGCACGCCGCGUGUUCUGCAGAGUAUCGCUAAGGAAAGCGUCAUUCCUGGUAUUGAUGUGCUGGGCAAGGGUCGCGGCCCUAAUAAGGUGCCCCUAUACGCAAUGGCCGUCGUGGCUAUGGUUACUGUAACCUUUAUUAUCGUAGGCGACAUUAACUUUUUGGCGCCCAUUGUAACGAUGCCCUUCCUGAUGACGUAUGCUUGCAUAGACUACGCCUAUUUCGCACUGGCCCAAACCUUUGAUAUUCAGGAGCAGCGCGAGGAACGUUUUCGUAUACAAGCAUCUAGUCCAAGCUACGAGACGCGUCGCUAUGGCAGCGUAUCGGACGGAGGCAAUGAUCUAGAUAUGCUCUUUCCGGAUCGCGUACGGCAUAAGAACCUGCAGAGUCCACAGAACUCGCCGAUGCAUCAAGCGCAAACAUUGCCAUCAGUGCCUUUAGAUAACAUCGUAGAUUUCAAUGAGUCAGCACCAAGUACUUCAUCUAGACAAGGACCUACAGCAGUGGCGGACGACACUGGCGUGCCCGUAGAUCCGUCAACAGCCCAGGCUGGCAGCGAAGUAGAUGAUGAGAACGAGCCCAUUGCUCCGAUUCGCCCGCCUAUACAUUCUAAGACGAAAAAUUGGUAUUCUGGCUUCUGCAAUCGGUGGGCCUCAUUGCUGGGCGCACUCACCAAGCUGCUGGUCAUGCUGUUGGUGAACUGGUAUUAUGCCUUAACAUGUUUUUUGGUCGUAUUUGUCGUUUGGUUCUAUGUGGGCACAGCUAAUCCCGCUGUCAAGCCUGGCUUGACCGCAGAGUUCAACUUUUUUGGCUGGCUCAAAAGCGUCAUUUUCCGUUGCUUCGGAAAACGCAUGCAUGAGUACGAGCAAAUUGUUGUGACACCCUCUUGCCCAGGCGUAGAUCUGUCGCCCACACAAUUGAAUGAGCAGAACGAGGACUUCAGGCCGCGGCCAAACUAUCAUCAUUCUUCGGUAAUAGAGGGUCGGCUGAUAGACGACAUCUAGACUUCUGGCCAUGGGCCGUAAACAGUGGGAACAUGGGUUAUUGGGAAACGCGGCAAGCAAUAUUUUGAGUGCAUUUUGCUAAAUCUAAACUAAAUAAAUUAAAACAUACAAAUGUAAA